UUGACAGAAGGAACGUCAUUUUUUUUAGCUGCGAGAGUAGAUUGAGAUGUUUGUGUUUUAUUUUUGUUGAUGUGCACUUUUCUAAUGUUCGUGUGUCAAAAGUAAAUGUUACGAAAAAUGUGAUUCAAAAAUAAUCAAAACAAUGGCUUCAUCACUGAACGGUUGGAUACAUAAUUUUACGGUGACCGAUGUCUGUACGCAUCGGAAAGGCUAUACUGUCUAUAAAAUUACAUCAAUUGUAUUCCCAGUCCACAUUCCCGAAACCCUGACCUGCGUGUCGGUUUUUAAGCGAUGGUCGGAAAUCAAAAAAUUACGCAAAAUUAUGGCAGCACGGCACAAGGAACUGUUGUUACGAGGAACGAUGCCAGAUAUAAAAGACGAGAACUUCUUUAAUCGAUUCGAUGAUUCGGUUAUUCAACAACGCAAGCAAUUCAUUCUCAACCUGCUCAACUUUAUAUCGCAGUAUCCGUCACUGUACAAAAUGCACGCAUUUCAGAAUUUCUUCGAGAUCAGUCACUCCAUUUCGAGCGACAAUUCGCCGGAACACCAACGUUCACCCAUUGAAGCAAUCUGUGAGGAGGCGAAUGUAAUUCAGCCGAAAUUGUCGUUGAUCGAUCCGGUCAAGGACGAAAUCCACAAUAAGUACACUGAAUCGCCGACCAGUUGUUCGCAGGACAGUUCACUGGCAUCGGAAGAUUCGACUUCGAGUGAAGCAAAUUUGAGUGGAUGUGUUGAAGAAGUUGCAGAAGCGGUGGCACAAGAGACAUCAACCCAUUCAACGGAUCAAGUUGACUCUUCAGAUUAUAUCUACGAGGCGGCACUCAGUUUCAGUGAAGCCGUUCGAUUUGAGGCAAACGCAAAUUUCCGAAGUGCAUUCGACAAUUACAAGCGUGGCAUUGGGAUCUUGUUGACGGGCUCCAAGCACGAUGUGCUGAACUUUCGCAAGUGCAUUGCCAAAGAGAAAACGAAAAAGUACCUAGCUCGGGCCGAACAGAUUUACGAACAGUAUUUGGCGAACGACGACGCAAACAUAUCGGAUUAUGUUGAUUCGUCCAACGGUGACGCCAGCCGUGAAUCAUUAUCGAUUGAAAGGCCUCUCGGUCAGUUGUCUCGAUUCAAAGUGAUAAAAAUAUUGGGAACAGUGAUGCAGGUUCAAGACAUCGUGGACAAGGAUGUUUUCAUCAUUAAGGCCAUCGAAAAACCGUCGUCCAACAAUUUACCCCAAAUGAUCUGUCUGCCCCGCAAUAUUCCCUUUAUGGUAAAUUUGAUCGCUUACUUCCAAUCCGAGGCGACUAUCUAUUUGGUGUUGCAACAAGCCACUGGCGGCAGACUGUGGGAUUACAUUCGUUCGUAUGAACCCACCAAACACACAACAUUACCAGAUCGAACCGCAUCAUUAGCUAGUUUUUUCACCGAACCGAAUGAUACUAAGCCAAAGCCAGAAACGGUCAACGAUAGCAGUAAAUACGUUGAAGAAAGUCCAUUCAUGGCCAUGCUUAAUCAGUAUCGAAACACCGACUACACCAGAAGCAAUAGUAACUCGAGCAGCUUGUCGGAGGUAUUGGAACAUCUGGAGAAUAACAGUGACAUUCCGGCAUUUGACGUUCUGUCAGAAGACAUGGACGUAUUGGAUCUUGUGAAUUGUUCGCAAAAACUCAUAAAAUCGGUGUCUAACACAUUGGACCAGUCCCGAUCCAGUCAUACAAAUUCCAAAACAGAAUCUGGCGGAGAAAUCUUCGACGCAACAGUGUUAUCCACCGUGAAUAAUCGAACCGUUACAUUACAACCUUCUAGACGACACGAAAUGUUGCGAUGUAUUAAGACCGUGACGAGUGGUACUCAGAAACGGUUACCGGAACGUACUAUUAAGCGGUGGGCAUCUGAAAUGGUUGUCUGUUUGAUAAGUUUACACGAGAGGGACAUUGUGUGCGGCGACUUGAAUCCGAACAAUUUACUGCUCGGAGUCAAAGGACAAAUCAACCUGACCUAUUUCUAUCGACAAGACCAGCGUCAACUGAAAAUCGAUUGCAUCGACGCAUUGUAUGUAGCUCCGGAACGACCAUUAGACUAUCGAUCCGAUUGGUGGAGUUUCGGAGUCAUUUUGUUUGAAUUGCUAACCGGUGAAUCGUUUAUUGCAUGCCAUCCUGGUGGCGUAGCAUCGUACUAUACCGUUCAGUAUCCGGAUCAGCCUGACGUGACUCUGUCGGAAGAAUCAAAGGAUUUAUUGAAUGAGCUACUGCAAUCUGAGCCGGAGAAACGUUUGACCGGUUACAAUGUGCAGCAACAUCGAUUCUUUAAAGGCAUCAAAUGGGACGAAAUUUACGACGAUGGCAAAUGUGAGACCAAAAAAUUUUUUAGUUUUAUUUAUUGUGACUGAUUGGACAGAGAUGAAAUCUUCGUCGUAAAAUGGGCGUUUGUUCAAUGACUAUAAAAUAGCUUAAGCAUUUCGAACAAUGGACCGUGAAUCUAACUUCUUAUUAUAUGUCGAGUCGUAUCUGUACAAACAGUACGACGAUUGUAUUACUUAAAUGGGAAAUUCUUCCAAUAAAACCGGAAAAUCA